CGGGCGUCGAUCCUUGCAUUUAUUCCAUAUUCCACAAGUUUACGCGUCGUCAACGUGUUAGAUUGUUUUGUCAUCGAUUGAAGUUUUUCGUUUAAUCAUACAGUGAAACAUGGACAAGAUUAUCAUCGGUGCAUUAUUUUACCUGCUCGCAUUGUCACAAAGCAACGCCCUGGAUUGCUAUGUCUGUCAGAAUCAGGAAGGAAACAUCGAAAAAUGCCUAAACACCAUAAAAACAUGUGAACAGGACCAAGACGUGUGCUUCUCAGAAAUUAAAUGGGGCAGUACACCAUAUUGGUCCCAAGGGGCGAAAAAGCAAUAUUACAUAUCAAAACGGUGUUCAACGAAAAAAGAAUGCGAAAGAACAAGACGGAAUAACAUGAAAGACUGCACACAUAUAUGGUACCAGGAUUGGAAGUGUUCUGAAUGUUGCCAGGGUGAUCGAUGCAACUACUAUAUAAUCUCCGAUGCAACGAAGACCAAUAUGCAUAUUUCCAUACUAGCAUUGACAGCAGUAUCAUAUUAUUUGGUUAUGUAAAGUUGAGGAACGUCUGUAAUUGCUCGUAUGCAGUACACACUUUAGGAAUACGUUCAUUCCUAGUGCCAAAAGCCUCCAAAAUAUUUAUUGAUCCAGUAGCAAACUGCAUGUAAGCAUCAUGGGGCAAAAGGAUCUCGCAAUGUGCGUGUGGACGUAUUUGUAGUAAAUUUUUGACUCAAUGCUGUGCAGAUCUAAGUAUUGUAAAUGCAUCAAAUGAAUUGACUUUUGUAAUUUUGCAAUCGAUUUCUGAAACGAUAUGGAAAUUUUUAGACAACCUAGAGAUGUUUCAAUUUUGAUGUUAAAGAGGAUAUUUACCUGCAAUAUUUUCAUAUUUAUAUUUACUUUUUCAUUUUACGCAAUGCUAAUUUUCAACACUAAAUUUAUCUAAAGUAUAUCUAUAUUUAUUAUAACUGUCAGAAUUGUCUGUAAAGAGUUAGUCCAUCCAUCAAAUGGCACAUGGAAUUCGUAUAAUUCCAGCAGAAGUGAUGAAAGUAACAAUCUAUAGAAUCAAAAUCAUCAUACUGUAUUACUCAGUUUGCAUUUUAUUACGUGAAAUCUCAUACAAUCUUAUAUAAUCUAUUUAAAACCAUUCCGUGUUUCUUCAUUGAAUGUGUUUUUGUUAGUGAAUAGUUUGAUACAAAUGUCCGAUGUUCUAAGUCCAAAGGCAGUCUGUUAUAUAUUUUUAUAAUAUUUAUUAAUCAUGUCAUUUUAUCUUCGCGAUAAUCAAGCUUUUCGGCGAAAAUCGCUGAAUCCAAAUAGGCAGCUGGUUUUUAUUUUCAUAAAUUGAGCCGAUAACAUUGCGUUUUACUCUGUAAAUUAUAUAACUACUUUGCUGUAAGCCACAUUUUACAGAUAAGCUUAUUUCAAUGGUGAAAGUAUUCUACUUUUCACUAAUUCAAUCUACGGCCGUGUUCUGUAAUUCAGAAGUAUAUUUUUAUUUGAUAUCACAUGUGAAAUUUUUAUCAUUUACUAUCGCGAAUACAAAUUCUUGUCACUUUUCCGCAAAGAGAAUCUCAGGCACUAAGUCGAAUAUUAUUUGAAAACGUUUUUGUAAAUUCGAAUAGUAAACAAGCGUUAAAAAUUUUGUUGAAGUAAUUUUCUAUAUAUACUCAUAUAUCCUCUUUGCUAAAACUGCAAGCUAUAAGAAGGAGAAAAAUUAUUCAAGAAUUUUCUACAUAGAAUCUACUAAAUAAAAUUUGUUAAUCUUUACUUUCGCCCACAUAGUUUAAUUCAAUUUGAUUCCGCCGAUUUAUGGCAACAUAUUGUUUACAUUAAAGUUUGUUAGGCUUUGCUAAUUUAUGGACAUACGUGUGAAAAUUGGAAAUAUGAACGAUGUUUUUAUAUAUCUCAAGUUAAGUAUCUAGUAAUAAGUUCAGUUAGAAAUAUGCUGGAAAAAGUAGAUCUUGUAAGUAACGUGUUAUUCGCGUUGAUAUGACUAUGUACAAAAUGAAUUCCGUCCAUAUUAUAAAA